AUGACUGAUCUACCAUCGAUCUCUUUUACCACUUCGAAUCGAGGCAAGCCUUUGCUCGUUUACUCAGGAUAUAUUCAUCGACUUAAAAAGUCGACGGAGAAAGUGAAAUAUUGGGUUUGUCAUAGUGAUGGCUGUUUGGCCACCAUUCACACAAACAAAAACGACGAAAUUCUUAAAGCUAAUGGUCAUCAUUAUCAUAUACCUGAUCCAGAACAAAUCGAACUCCGAAACUUAAGAAAAAAAGUGAAAGAUAGAGUACAAUCUGAAACUAAUUCUAUACCUAAAAUAUAUGAAGAAGAAUUAGCUCGUUCAAAUCUAUCUUCAACAGCUUUAACUCUUGCACCUGUUGCUGUUGAAAUUAAAUCUGGUCUUAAUCGUAUGCGUCGAAAAACAACUCCACCUCUACCAACAUCAGCUGAUUUUGAUAUUCCUGAUUUUUAUCAACAAACACUUAAUGGUACACAAUUUAUCUGUACUGACAAGAUAAUCAAAAAAAAAAGAAUGAUUUUGUUUGCAACCGAUAAACAGCUUGAAGUAUUAUUCUCGUCUGAAUGGAUAUUUCUUGAUGGUACAUUUGAUAAAUGUCCUAAACAAUUUCAACAAAUUUAUACAAUUCAUGGUUUAAAAUUUCAACAAAAUUUUCCUUGUGUGAUUUGUCUUUUAUCCGGUAAAACAGCUGACAUUUAUAGACAACUGUUUCUUGAACUUAAUGAUCAUGCUACUCGAUUGAAAAUGAAGUUUGAACCGAAACACGUGAUGUCAGAUUUUGAGAUGUCUUUAAUCAAAGUCAUCAAAGGAAAACUUCCAAAUGCAAUACAUCAUGGAUGCUUUUUCCAUUUUACUCAAUCUCUCUAUAAACACAUUAAUUCACUUGGUCUUUCUACAGCUUAUCUUGAGAAUGAAGAUUUACGUUUAGCUUGUCGAAGUGCAAUGGCACUUGCUCUUCUUCCUCAAGAUCAUAUAGAAGAAGCUCUCGAGCUUCUUAAAAAUGAAUCACCUGAAGAAUUGAUUGACUUUUUUAAAUACUUUCACAAUCAAUGGUUAAAACGUAUACCAAAAAAUAUUGGAAUGUAUCAAAUCUCGAGUUUCGUACAAACAAUAUUUGCGAAAGUAGUGCUUUUUUUACUAUUCAAAAAUAUUUUUUUUCUUUCAUCUAUAGCCUGGCAUAAUAAAUUUAAUAAUCGGGUCGAAAAACAUCAUCCCAAUGUUUGGCAUUUAUUCAAGUGUUUACAACGAGAAGAAUUAUCGUUUCGUCAACAAUUAUCAAAAGUUAAUAGUGGUUUUCAAAUCGGAUCAAGCAUCAGAACCUGUAGUAUUCGAGCACAAAUCGAUGUAUUAAAUGAACGACAUGAACAAAAACAAAUCAACUUGAUCGAUUUUCUUUAUGGAUUAUCUACACUUGUGGCUAAAAAUUCCAAAUAA